GGAAAGCGUCGCAGACCGUCUCAGGCGUUCAAGAAGAAUCUUGGAAAUGUUCUAGGGUCUACAGCAGAGUUCUGAAGAAAAGAGAAAAUGUACCAGCUUCCAGUUGGAGAUGUGGAGAAAAUCAGAAAAUCAAGAAAGCGAGUGAAAAGUAUUCUGUGUGACAUUGCCCUAGAGGACUGUCAAGACCUGAUAGAGAAACUGAAGCCCUUUGAUAGUGGUGAGGAUCAUUUCAACAACACAGAAUGGGAUGACUUCACAGAGGGUCAUAAUGGGAAAAGGAGGAAAAAGUGGGGAUAUCGCACUUUGACGCUGUGCUGCAGCCUAUGUUGGUUUUCCACACAGUCCUGGUAUACUUUCAGAGGACAUGUGCAACGCUGUCAUGAAGAGGAGCUGGACCUUGCUUCUCUCUCUCCUUGUUCCAAGUGUUCAUUUAUCGGUCACCCAAAAGUAACUGAGCAACAUGUCAAGUUUUUUCAUACGACGUCAACGAAAGGCUCAUCUGGGUCAAGCCAAGGGUCUGUUGCCCACUCAUCAAAGUCAGUGACUGUCUCUCCCAUGACAAAUGGAGACAGGUACAUAUGUAAAGGCUGUGGUUACCAUGACUCUUUGAUUUAUGUGAUGAAGAAACAUGUGCUGGUAAACCACUAUGCUUCGAUGUUGAACCGUUAUUUUGGACACAGGUCGGACAGCGACCAAGCUGGUAGCACCAGGGUUACGAAAUAUUUCUGCAGAGUGUGUGGUUUACCAGCUGAAUCCACGGAGCAUUUACUAUAUCACAUGUUGAGCUCAGAUAAACACAAGGAACUGCAGUUGCAUAUAAAGACCUUUAUCUGUGAAAACAUGAAUAAAAACGGAGCAAAGCUACCAGCCCUUGCGCCGAAAGUACAGCAGCAAGUUGUUCAAAAGACUGUUGUGGUGCCCCAGGCAAACAGUGUACUGCCAGUUCAGCAGUCCAAUGGAAAUCCAGUCACCAAAGCCACUGGCACUGUGCUUUUGGCGGCACCUAGCAACACUACCGCUCUCUUGUGUUCCCCGGGAGCGCGGCAGGUCUUCCUCCCUUCACAGACUGAAGCAAAAAGCCUUGUAGUUCCAGGAAGUACUAUGGCCACACUUCAAAAUACCCCUCUUCAGCAGACAUCCACAGGGAUACGCCCAGGCUUGCCUACCUCAGCCGUGGUGAAAGCGUCUAUCAGCAUGUUGGUGCCAAACGUGCCACAGGCUGCUCCCAAACCAGUUCCAAUCACAGUGACUGUGCCCAGGCUGCCUCAGGCUGUACCACCACGUCAGAUCCUUUUGCCGCCGGGUGCUCAGAUCAAUGUCCCCGGCAAGAUCGGCAUACAACCCCCGCAACCCCUCUUGGUAACUCAGAGGCUUCCUCUGAACCAGUCGGCUCCCAGACCACCCAUCAUAGCUUCACAGUCGGUGCGACUUAUCCCCACCGGCAACAAAGUGAACGGGGUGCCCACAUACACGUUGGCACCUGUUCAGGUCACGGUACCAGUACAGACAAACGCGCCUCAAGUGGUCAACAACAGGCCUGUAAUUCUGACCCAGAACAACAUGACCACUACUGCUCAGCUAAGCAACGUCACGGGUGCAGUUCCUCGUCCAGUACCUUCUACACCAAGGCAGUCACUGAGCAAAAAUGCUAAGGUUAAUGAGUUGGCUGUACUGGCUCCCUUUCUUAAGAAAAUGGAUGGCCGAACUGUUAAGUGUCUGAGGUGCAAGAUUUUACUUGCUGAGAAGGGAAUUUUUCAGCAUCUGCUUCAUGGUCUAAAAUGUUUGUUUUGUCCUCAGAUGUUCUAUUCCUUCAAGCAAAUCAUGGAUCAUACAAACAAAGAGCACAACCUUUCAGUUAAGGGAAAUCAAGAGUUCAUCAAAAAGCAUUAUAAACUCAACAUAGACAAUGAAGGCAAGCUUGUGUUUGCCAAGUUUGACUUAAAUACUGAUGUGCCCAAAGAUCUGCUGGAAAACAGAGAGCUGAAUUUAGCGCUUGUCACUGGCUCACAAGACAAAAUAUACAUAAAGAUGUAUCCAGAUACAGCAAAAACAGCAUAUUCUGCUCCUCUGAAUAGCACCCCGACUGACUGUCCGUUUUGUCAAGAGAAGCCCCAGACGUCCGAGGAUUACGAGUUACACCUAAAAACAAAACACCACAUUGUGCCCACCAUUCACGCCAUAUUGAAAUCUCCUGCAUUCAAGUGCAUCUAUUGCCUGGGAGUGUAUGCGGAAAAAUCGACACCAAAAACGAUCUCCAUUCACGUGCAGCGAUGUCGCUGUGCUCCCAAGGCUGCCAAGGAGGCAGAGAGACUAGUAAAUCCAGACCUAAACGGCCAGGUAAUCAACGGAAGUGUGCAAAAUCCUGUCCAGAAGGGCACUAAUACUCAGACACAAGUUAAGUUAAAAACAGAAAAGCCUGCGGAGGAAGGAAGGGAAGAGGCCAGUGCAAACAGAGAGAUCACUGUGGUGGAGAACGGCAAGGAGAGUGUAGCUGUCAAAUCUGAUGUGCCCGACAGCUCUGUUCCCCUACUCCUGGACCCGACAGGACUAGAGAUGAAAUCUUUCGAGGAAAGAAAGAAGUUUCUGAAAAAGUACUUCCACUUGAAACCUUACCUGUCAAAAAUGGAGACAGAAACGUUGGCAGCCCGUCUGUGGUUCAACAGAACUGAUGUAGCUUCUCUCUUUGGUUCUACACGCAGCAGAUGCAUGAAGGCAAUCCAAAAAAAGAGAACUGUAGUCCUGCUUGGAUUUAAUAUGACUGAGGUCAACAAGGUUAAACAUAACCUUCUCAUUCCUGAAGUAGAGCCUGCUAUAGCCAAUGUCUAA